AUGGAUGGCAGGUAUGAACUCGCUCAGCGAAUGCUUUGUAAAAGGAAGCCAGUUGUAGUAUUAGAGAGGCUGGAUUAUAUUCCCAAAGCAAAGAAGCCAGCUGUACCAUUAAACAGGUCGAAUUUUCCUGAAAUAAAGCAGCCAAUUGUACUAUUACACAGGAUGAAGAAUAUUCCCGAAGCAAUCCAAAAGGUCAAAAACCACCCUGGGGAUGGAGAAGCAAAAAAUACAGAGGAGCAAAUGAAAAUGGCAAAGAAAAAGAAGGAAAAAAAAAGUAAAUGUGUAGACAGAGCAAGCUCGAAACAGAAAUCAGAAAACAAUGAUCCUCUGGACAGAAUAAUGGACAUAGAAAUGGAGUUGGUCUACAUUGACGAGGAGGACAUUCCCUUCGAGUUUCCUGCACCCGUGGUGUCUUCAAGCACAGAAUCGUCAGGUUGUGAUUCUGGAGAAGUAGCUGUGCCGAGCACAUCUCGUGGCAGCUCUUGGACUCGCGUUAACAAAUCGCUUCAACAGGUCCUCCAGGAAGCCAGCACUUGCUACCGGCAGAGCGACUAUGCCGGAGCAGUGGAGAAGUUCUCAGCAGCACUGGAGCUUUGCAGUAAAGGUGUUGCUACAGCUGCCUUUCGGUCAAGUGCAGAAGAUAUUUCCAGUAUUGCCAGUUUUAUUGAGACAAAGCUCGUAAUCUGCUACUUAAAACUGAGGAAGCCUGAUGAUGCUGUGAAUCAUGCACACAGGAGCAUUAUUCUGAACCCAGCUUAUUUCCGGAAUCACCUGCGCCAAGCUGCUGUGUUUAGGUGCUUGGAGAGAUACUCUGAAGCUGCAAGGAGCGUCAUGAUUGCUGAAUAUAUAUACUGGCUGACAGGAGGCACUGAGCAGCGUACGAGCAAUCUCAUCAAACAGUAUUGGGAGGCUAUGCUUGAUGAAGCCAUCACUACAGAAGUAUCUUUUUCGAUUAUGUACACACCAUUUGUGAAGGACAUGAAGGCUAACAAAAGAAACGCGAUAAGGGACAUAUUUGUUAAAAAGCACCCUGAUUACUCGGCGUAUAUAUAUACAGAUCCUCACGGAUUUCACAUCUUGCCACAAACGGCUGAGUGGCCAUAUCUGCCUCACAGGAAGUACUCACUGACUCUGGGUUUCAGAAACAACCAGCUUCGAAAAAUCUUGGAAAGGUGGUCAAGCAAAAGAGUGCCAAUCUUUUCAGAACGGAAAGCACCUUUCUGUCCUCUCACAAAAGAAGAAGCAAAAAGAUUUUGGGAUAACACUGGGAAAAAGAUCAUGGCAGUAAUGGAUAUCAUAAGAAGCACCAAAUUAAUUGACGAUAUCUGCCCGUGCGCACGUGGGAUAGAGAAGUUGCAUUAUGCCAGCCUCCUCGGCCAUUUGGAGAGAGAUGAGGAAAAGUCCCAAGAGAUUAAUCAAGCGAUGGCUGAGCUAGCAACCCUCCCCUACCUGCAGGACAUCAGUCAGCAGGAUACCGAACUGCUGCAGUCGCUAAUGGCAGAUGCCAUGGACACCCUUGAAGGAAGAAGUGAUAAAGGACGUGUGUGGAAUAAAAUUCAAAAGAUUGGACUAAUUGAAGAUUAUUUAUAUCAAGUAGAAGACAAUUACUUAAGGAACAAAAGGCACAGAAUAGCUAGGAUGGAAAGAAGGAAGAGGACUAAAGAUAUACAGCAAAAUAACAGACCAGGAAAUACAAACCUGCCCUUUACAAGCCCUAGUGACACGGCCACGCAGCAAACAAGAUUCAUGCC